UAUCGAUACAACAUCAACAUCCUCAGUCGCUUUUUUAGUUGUAGCAUAUUAUAAAUAUAACCCGAGCUCUAUUUGCGGCGUUAAACAGAAGCCAGCCGCUAAGACCGCUAGUCGCUAGUCAAGAUCAGCCGAUUAGGGAGUAUGUGCGAUUAGUGGGCACCGCAGUAGCCAAGUCCAGAGCCCGGAGCAGCGGCAGCAACAACAACAAAGCCAAUCCGCGACUAAGAGGAAGAGAGUGCGUGAGAGAAACGACAGCUGCUCUGCGUGUGUGUGGGUGCUCGCAGCAGGAUAACAAAAUACAAAACAGCAACAACAACGAGCAGUGUCCAAAGUGCCAAACGAAUUUGCCAAAUAACCGAGAAACCGAAAACGGAAAACCAGAGUCGCCUAAGCAAAUAAGCCGAAUGCAAGAGACAUGUGCAUAAAUGAAGAGCUACAGCCAAUUUAAUUUAAACGCCGCCGCCCCGCCCGCCAUUGCCUACGACAGUGCAGUUGUGAAUCCCAACGGCUCGCCGCUCGAUCCCCUCCAGCAACAGCAGCACCAGCCGCAGCAGCAGCAACAGCAGCGCCAGGACAUGCCGCACUUCGGGCUUCCGGGUCCUCAGCCGCCGCCGCCGACGUCGCAGCAGCAGCAGCUGCAAGUGCACCACCAGCAGCAACAGCAGCACCAGCAGCAGCAACAAAUGCAGAUGUCCUUGCUACCCGGCCCCUACCGGCCGCACAUCGAGGAGAAGAAGCUGACGCGCGACGCCAUGGAGAAGUACAUGCGCGAGCGCAACGACAUGGUCAUAGUGAUCCUGCAUGCCAAGGUGGCCCAGAAGUCCUACGGCAACGAGAAGCGCUUCUUCUGCCCGCCGCCGUGCAUUUACCUCUUCGGGAGCGGCUGGCGUCGGCGGUACGAGGAGAUGUUGCAGCAGGGCGAGGGCGAGCAGGGGGCGCAGCUGUGCGCCUUCAUCGGAAUCGGGAGCAGCGACCAGGACAUGCAGCAGUUGGAUCUCAAUGGCAAGCAGUACUGUGCGGCCAAGACGCUCUUCAUCUCCGACUCGGACAAGCGAAAGCACUUCAUGCUGUCGGUGAAGAUGUUCUACGGCAAUGGCCACGACAUCGGGGUCUUCAACUCGAAGCGCAUCAAGGUGAUAUCGAAGCCGUCCAAGAAAAAACAGUCGCUGAAGAAUGCCGACCUGUGCAUAGCCAGCGGCACCAAUGUUGCCCUCUUCAAUCGCCUGCGUUCCCAGACCGUCUCCACCCGCUAUCUGCACGUGGAGAACGGACACUUCCAUGCCUCGUCGACGCAAUGGGGUGCCUUCACGAUACACCUGUUGGAUGACAACGAGUCCGAGUCGGAGGAGUUUCAGGUGCGCGACGGCUACAUUCAUUACGGAGCCACGGUCAAGCUGGUGUGCUCCGUGACGGGCAUGGCGCUGCCUCGUCUGAUCAUCCGGAAGGUGGACAAGCAGAUGGCCUUGCUAGAGGCCGACGAUCCUGUCUCCCAGCUGCACAAGUGUGCCUUCUACAUGAAGGACACGGACCGCAUGUAUCUCUGCCUCUCGCAGGAGAAGAUAAUCCAGUUCCAGGCGACGCCCUGCCCCAAGGAGCCCAACAAGGAGAUGAUCAAUGACGGCGCCUGCUGGACCAUCAUCUCCACGGACAAGGCCGAGUACCAGUUCUACGAGGGCAUGGGUCCUGUGGCUUCGCCAGUCACUCCAGUGCCAAUUGUAAAUUCCCUGAAUCUCAAUGGCGGCGGCGAUGUGGCCAUGCUAGAGCUCAGUGGCGACAACUUUACGCCGCAUCUGCAGGUGUGGUUCGGCGACGUGGAGGCGGAGACCAUGUACCGCUGCACGGAGACGCUGCUUUGCGUGGUGCCCGAGAUUUCCCAGUUCCGCGGCGAAUGGCUUUGGGUCCGACAACCCACACAGGUGCCCAUUUCGCUGGUGCGCAAUGACGGCAUUAUUUAUGCCACCGGUCUGACCUUCACAUAUACACCUGAGCCGGGUCCGCGGCCCCAUUGCAACACCCAGGCCGAGGAUGUGAUGCGGACGCGACAGAACAACAACAAUAACAACAUCACUAGCAUUAGCAACAAUAACAACAGCAACAAUGCGGGAUCCCCGGCCGACGGCAGUAUGCAACAACAGCAGCCGCAGCAGCAGCAUCAGGCGCUGCCCUCCAUCUCAGAAGUGCAAUGGAAUAGUCAUGGUAGCGGCUUGUCCUGAGUGCAGGACUAUUGCAUCGCACACAUAUGUAUCCUAAGUUAUUUAUAGUUUUUACUGGAGACCUUAGUUUGUAGAUUGACAAUUUUUCUCAUACUGAUUUUCCACCUCUCAUGACGCGAACCAAAAUGUGUGCCCCUCCUCUCUAAAGUGAAUCAUCCUUUGCAUAUGUAUCUAGUGCUAGUUUGGAACCAAUAGAUUUGUAAAUGCAACAUAUAACUCUGUACAUAACUCGAAACAAAAGCUCACUGACAUAUAUAUUAUAUAUUUGUAUGUGCAUGAAUAUAUACAUCUACACAGAACAUGUAAUGCUAGUUAAAUAUACAAUUGAUGUAAGUUUAUAGAA